ACAUUUCUCUUUUAUGCCAAAAAUCAUUAGGAUAUUAAGAUCAUGUUCCAUGAAGAUAUUUUGUAAAUUUCCUACCGUAAAUAUAUCAAAACUUCAUUUUUGAUUAGUAAUAUGCAUUGCUAAGAACUUCAUUUGAACAACUUUAAAGGAGAUUUUCUCAAUAUUUAGAUUUUUUUGCUCCCUCAGAUUCCAGAUUUUCAAAUAGUUGUAUCUCAGCCAAAUAUUGUCCUAUCCUAUAAAGAUUAUUUAUUUAAAAAAAUAAAAUAAAAUUUAAAAAAUAAAACCUGACCCUCAUGACUGGUUUUGUGGUCACACAAAGUCGUUGGGUUUUUCCCGCCACUUUCCUCGCCUGAAUUUACCUCAGAUUAACUGAAGCUUUGACGGGUUUAUGUACAAAUUUAACGAUCUUUUGAGAAGAAUGUGUUGAUUAAAUGUACAGAACAGUAAAAGCUGUAAGUCGCCGCCCUGCAGUCGUGAUAUUUUUGAGGACAGUCGAUAGAUAUUUUCCGCUGCGAUGGAAAGUGUCGAUCCGCCACGGGUCGAUGGCUCUGCCCGCAGGGGACGCGGGUCUGUAGGCAUGCGGCGAGCUGCUUCAUCGCGCUGUUGUGUGGCCUGUGAAUGUGAAUCACGAGCGGGAUGAGCGCGUCGGUUCCGGCGGGUCUGACCGAGCUCCUGAAGGGCUACACGCUGGAGGUGCUGCGGCGGAGGCCCGCGGACCUGCUGGAGUUCGCCGUGCUGUACUUCACCCGCCUGCGGGAGCAGCGCAGCUCCAGCCGCCGGUCUCCGGUGACCCGCGGAGAGGCCUUCGACCGGAGCUCCAGCGGCGACGGAGAGGAGGAGGAGGAGGAGGAGGAGGAAGAUGACUUUCCAGAUGAUUUUACAUUCAAAGCUCCUCCACCCAGUAAAUGCAACAGACGUGUUUCAGUGUGUGCGGAGGCGUAUAACCCUGAUGAAGAUGAAGACGAGGGCGACGAGCCGACGGUCGUUCACCCCAAAACCGAUGCGCAGCGUCAGCGACUACAGGAGGCCUGCAGGGACAUACUGCUGUUCAAAACCCUCGAGCAGGAUCAGUUCUCCGAGGUGUUAGACAGCAUGUUCGAGGUGCUGGUCCAACCCAGCGAGUGCAUCAUCAGUCAGGGCGACGACGGCGAUAACUUCUACGUGAUUGAGAGGGGCGUGUUUGAGAUCCUGAUUCAGAAGGACGGCGUGAGCCGCUGUGUGGGCCGCUAUGAUCAUAAAGGCAGCUUCGGGGAGCUGGCCCUCAUGUACAACACGCCGCGCGCCGCCACCAUCAGGGCCGCUCAGGAGGGGGCGCUGUGGGCGCUGGACAGAGCCACUUUCCACAGACUCAUCGUGAAAAACAACGCAAAGAAGAGGAAGAUGUACGAGAGCUUCAUCGAGAGCGUCCCGCUGCUCAAGUCACUGCAGUUAUCGGAGCGCCUGAAGAUCGUUGACGUGGUUGGGAUGAAGACGUUCAGCGACGGCGAGCGAAUCAUACGGCAGGGCGAUUCGGCCGACUGCUUCUACAUCGUGGAGUCUGGAGAAGUCAAGAUCAUGAUCAGAAGCAAAACUCAGGCCGGUCAGAGGUCGCAGGAGGAGGUGGAGGUCGCGCGUUGCUCCAGGGGUCAGUAUUUCGGUGAGCUGGCGCUGGUCACCAAUAAACCUCGAGCGGCGUCUGUGUACGCGGCCGGAGAGACCAGGUGUUUAGAAGCGAGAAGAAAAUGCUGGCUAGAGUUCAGCGAGCGGUACCAGCCUCUGCCGCUGCAGCACGAGAGCUAAUGCUUCAACAACACAUCGAGACAAAACCAGCCGACACUCACUGUCACGUCUUACAACCGGCAGGAAAACGCUUUUGAAAAGAGAAGCUUUGUUUGUUUUUUGAUGAGAAAAAAAUUUGAGAAAAGUAUUUUUUGUUGAAAGACAUGAUGUAAAACAAAACAUGAAAAAAAUACUAAAGUCAUCUGUUAAUGCAAAAUAAGAGUGAAGUGCAAAUCCCCAUAAUGCACCACACUUUGAGUAAACACACAUCAUUAUCCAAGUGCAGGGGAUUAUGGGUAUCUCCUCCAGUGCUUUACAAACCAUCCAAACAGAAGAUCCGGUGUAAUAUGUGUGACCUCAGUAUUCAGAUUUCAUACAUGCAUCCUAUUAAAUAUGAAAAUAUCGCUUCUCAGAGUCAAGCUAGUUCAAAUAGAGCGACACGACAGGCGUUGGAUGUUUCUGUGUAUUUUCAUUUUUCAAACUUACUUCAUGUCAACUAAUAAUUACAAAUAUACUUUAGUAAAAGUGUAAAAAUACUGCAAGACGUCGCAUAUUAAUUAAUCCGUUGCAAAACAAGCAGUGAGGAUGGUUUUGUCGUCCUCUCUCUUGGAUGGACUCAGUAUUUACAGUAUGACCCAGUACUGGACAUGGGUCCUGAGGAAGCGCGGGACUAUCCCGAGCGAUUUAAAGUUGAAGUUUAUAUUUGGUCUCUUUGUUUGUCACACAGAGAUGCAAACAGGGUAGGACGGGGAAAGGUGAUCAUGCUCCACACGCAAUUUCUUUUAAAGAUAUUUGCUUUACAUACUCAUUUGUAGUUACUUUAAGGUAUUUAAAAAACUAAUAUUUAACAAUAUUUGCAGCAUUUUACAAACAUCAAGAUUGAGUAUAUUUGGUCAAAAUCCCAUGUUCUAAGAGAUGAAGUGCUAUUAAAGACAAUAUUAACUGAUUAGACGUUAACGCUGACCUCAAAUACUAAACGUUUGCCGUCUCUCUCUCUCUUCAGCGGUCACACAUCUGACCCCAAAUACAUACAACACUUUGUCUAAAAAGGGUAAUAUUUUAAAUAAAGAAAAUACUACACAAAACCUAUUGAAACCACCAGUUGUUUAUUUGCCCUCCUCUCAUUGGCUCGGAGCAAGUCUCAGGUGACCUGCUGUGAUCUGAAAACAGCGAGCGGUCACUGAAGACGAAGAGGAUCAACUUCUCAGACGCUCUUCUGGAUUUUGGCGUUUGCUUGUACGGUGGCUCCGAGUCAAAACGCCUCUCGAGACGUGAAAAACAGAAAAUUGAACCCAAACUGAAUUUCUUUAGGCAGUGUGUAAAUGUGUGAUAAUUUCGGGUUUGCUCUGUAACUUGACACAUAUGUGCUCAUUUCAGUGUUAUUUUAGGUUUCUCUGUAGUGAACUCUGUCAGAUUCCGCUGGUUCUGCGCCGGGUUCCCUGUGAUGAUGAUGAUGAUGAUGCUGAUGCUGAUGAAGUGC